AUGCCAAACGUGUUUUCGAAAUUGGCAUUACAGGAGUGGGGACUUUCUAUGCUUCCUCAUGUGAGUCGUUUUGCCAAGGGGUAUGCUAGAAACAAGACUACCAUACAACGUUCGAUUCUCUUUGUCUUGUUGUUUCGAGCCGUCUUAUCUCUCAGGCAAAUCAUUCGGUCCAUUAAAAAGAGUAAUGCCGACGAUGCCAAACCAUCCGCCAAAAGAAAGCAAAACAAAAAAGUGGCCGUGGAUAUGACAUUUUUUAAACAAAUCUAUAAAUUAUUACAAAUUGUUAUGCCGGGUAUUCGAUCAAAAGAGUUUUGGUUGCUCAUCAUUCACUCUGGCUUUUUAGUUUUCAGAACCGUAUUAUCAGUGUACAUUGCUGCAUUGGAUGGUAGAAUUGUCAGUGCAUUGGUCCGUGGUCAGAUUCGAGAGUUUGUGCUGGGCAUUGCUUGGUGGAUGACUGUGGCUAUUCCUGCUACUUACACAAACAGCAUGAGUAAGCUCUCUAUCCAGUUCCGUACACGUCUCACCACGUUCAUCCAUGAUCAGUACUUGACGGACAUGACAUUCUAUGCUGUAGGUGUCUUUAUUGGUUCCUUAAUUGUUAACCUGUCUUCACUCGUCAUGAGAAAAUACACACCUUCUUUCGGUAAGAUGGUUGCUGAGGAACAAAAAUUAGAAGGUGAGUUCAGAUUUAGACACUCCCGAUUGAUUGAGAACGCAGAAGAAAUUGCCUUGUUUGAUGGUCAAGAGAUCGAAAAGAAAGAAUUAGACAAGAGUUAUUAUGCUUUAAUUCGUCACGUGAAUCGUGUUUUCCGUAUUCGUGUGCCUCACGGUAUGCUGGAGGAUUUCGUGAUCAAGUACUUUUGGGGUGCCUGUGGUCUUGUUUUGUGCUCUGUGCCUGUCUUCUUUAAGGUGCCUGGCGUCAGUGACUCAGUGGGUGGUCGUACCGAAGGAUUUGUUACCAAUCGUCGUCUCCUGUUGAGUUCGUCUGAUGCUGUAGGUCGUAUCAUGUACGCUUACAAGGAAAUUACCGAAUUGGCAGGUUACACUAGUAGAGUCACUGAUCUCAUUGAGGUCUUUGAAGAUGUCAAGGUGGGUAAAUACAACAAGAACCUUGUUUCCUCUGUCUCUACCGAAUCAAACGAAAAGACAUUGGAAGGACGUGGUAAAAUUGUCGAGAGUGAGAACAUUGAGUUUGAUAGUGUUCCUAUUGUCAGUCCCAAUGGUGAUGUGCUCAUUCCCAAAUUAACCUUUCACGUGAAGCCUGGUAUGCAUUUGUUGAUUGUUGGUCCCAAUGGUUGUGGUAAAUCUUCCUUGUUCCGUAUCUUGGGUGGUUUAUGGCCUGUGUAUGGUGGUACUGUUCAUCGACCUGGUACCAAGGAUAUCUUUUACAUUCCUCAAAGACCUUACUUGUCUAUGGGUACUCUUCGCGAACAAAUCUUAUAUCCUCACACACUCAAGGAGAUGAAGGAACGUAGUGUGACUGAUGAACAAUUAUUGGAUAUUCUCAAGGUUGUUCAAAUUGAGCACAUUGUUGAAAGAGAGGGUGGAUGGAACAGUGAAAAGGACUGGUCCUUAGCCUUGUCUGGUGGUGAUAAGCAACGUAUUGCUAUGGCUAGAUUAUUCUACCAUGCUCCUCGUUACGCUAUUUUGGAUGAAUGUACAAGUGCUGUCAGUAUGGAUAUUGAAAAGAUCAUGUACACACAUGCUACUGCACUCGGUAUCUCUCUUUUGACUGUUUCACAUCGUCCUUCUCUUUGGAAGUACCAUAAUUAUAUUCUUCAAUAUGAUGGUCAAGGUGGUUAUGUCUUUACCAAAUUGGAUGCACAAAAGAGAUUGGCUCUUCAAGAAGAAAAGAACGCCAUUGAAGCCAAGUUACUCGAAGUCCCCAAAUUACAAGCCCGUAUUGAAGAAUUAUCUGAAAUUAAACAAGAAUAA